GUGCAAGGUGACAGCUGCACCAGUCAUGUUUUGACCGGAAGUCAUGCUGGAGCAAAAGGUAUUGGCUGCGUCAAGAGUGGGUGCUGUGCGAAUUCACUGCAAUUAGGGAAUUUAUGUUCCGGAAGUGAAGUCUGCUGUUUUUCCUCAAACACGUGCGGUGGCGGAUCAAGUGCUGGGUAUAAUUGUUAUGGCAAUGUUAUGUCCAUUCAUCCCACUGGAGCCAGCUCAAGAACUGCUUCUCAAGAUGGCAUCAAUUACGGAGGUGCCCAGGCAUCUUAUAAAAUGGUUGAUAAUGAUUUAGCAGAGUUGAACAAAAGAAAAUCGUGCUAUGUACAGGCUGGAAAAAACAACUGUCUUCACCCAGCUGUUAUUGCUGCUGUUGCCAGUAGAGAAACUCGUGGCGGUAAACUCUUGUAUAGCACGGGUGGCUGGGGUGAUAACCACAGAGCCUGGGGCAUAAUGCAGUGUGAUUUGCAUGCAUCUGGACUUGGUUCUCAAUGUACAAAAUAUGGUUGGGACAGUUGUGCACACAUUGACAUGAUGACGCGUGUUAUUUUGGUACCAUAUAUUAAACAAGUUCGAAGUAAACACCCGACUUGGUCAGCUGAACAACAAAUGCAAGGUGGUGUUUCUGCUUACAAUGCUGGAGUUGGUAACGUAGCUACUGUAGCUCGUAUGGACAUUGGUACAACCGGAAAUGACUACAGUAAUGACGUCAUGGCUCGUGCACAACGUCUGAUAUCAGCCCACGGCUGGUAAUCAAUAUUCUUUAUCAGGGAUAUAUACAUUUUAUAACAGUGGAAUGAAUUGAAAACAAACUUGAACCGACCGGUUAUCAUUUAAUUUGUCCAUUUAUUUGCCUGUGUUCUUCCAAAAAUAAAUUGUUAAAACAUUAUUUUUGAUUUUAGCCACCCUCCAUCCCAAAUUUAUAUGGAUAUAUUUAUAUACCAUGUUUGAAUCAUCAAAUGAACAAGACACAGCUGCAUUCGGCCUGUUUUAUUUAAUGCUAUUGGUAUAUUUCGCAAGAAAUAGGUAAUACCAAAUUUUUUUUUAAAAAAGCCCCAAACAAAUCAGAUGUUCAUGGAGUAAGCAUGACAGAGGGUGUUAAUAAUCAUGAAAAUAAAAGUUUAGCAUAUUUCUUAAAAUUUACUGUACUGGACCAGUUCUGAAAUAAACAAAUUUAGGAGCCG